AUGGCCAAGGACAAAAAGGGAAAGGGUGAUGACAAAAAGGCCAAGCUAGCCGCGAAAAAGGCGAAGCAGGCCAACAAGGCCGAGAAGAAGGCCAAGGUAAAGGCCUCCAAGGUCGAGGGCAGCGAUGCCGAGGACGUCGACCUCGACGAGGUCCUCGAGGAAUACAGGAAGCAGCAGGAGCUCUUCCUCAAGGUCACCGAGACGGUCUGCGAUGGGCCCCCCAAGGCCCGCGCCGCCUCGUGCUUCAUCGCGUCGCCCUGUGACCGCAACAACCUGCUGCUCUUUGGUGGCGAGUACUUCAACGGCGCCCUGGCCCAGUUCUUCAACGACCUGCACAUUUACUAUGUCGACCGCGACGAGUGGCGCCUCGUCACCUCGCCCAACGCGCCGCUGCCGAGGUCUGGCCACGCCUGGACGCGCGCCGGCAACCCCAACCACAUCUACCUCUUUGGCGGCGAGUUCUCGUCGCCCAAGCAGGGUACCUUCCAUCACUACUCGGACUUUUGGCGCCUCGAGCCCAGCACGAGGGAGUGGACCAAGAUUGAAUGCAAGGGCAAGACGCCGCCGGCCCGGAGCGGCCACCGCAUGACGUACUGGAAACACUACAUCAUUCUCUUUGGCGGCUUCCAGGACACGUCGAACCAGACCAAGUACCUCGCCGACCUGUGGAUCUUUGACACGCAGAAUUUCUCGUGGCACACGCCGACGCUGCCGCCGGCGCAGCUCAAGCCAGACGCUCGCUCCUCCUUCACGCUGCUGCCGCACGAAAAGGGCGCCGUGCUCUACGGCGGCUACUCGCGCGUCAAAGCCACCGUCGCCGCCAACAAGCAGGCCAAGGGCGCCUCGCAGGGCCAGAAGAACAUCCUCCGCCCGCUGAUCCACGACGACUGCUUCUUCCUGCGCAUGGCGCCCGCCCCGGAGGGGAGCCCGCCGACGGCCCCGCCCGUCAUCCGCUGGGAGCGGCGCAAGAAGCCGGCCAACGCCCCCGCGCCGAAGCGCGCCGGCGCCACCAUGACCUACCACAAGGGCCGCGGCAUCCUCUUCGGCGGCGUGCACGACGUCGAGGAGAGCGAGGACGGCAUGGACAGCGAGUUCUUCCGCGAGCUGUUCGCGUGGAAUGUCGAGCGCAACCGCUUCUUCCCCAUGGCGCUGCACAAGCCGCGCCAGCAGCAGGGGCAAAAAAGGCCACGGGCGCCGACCAGCGCGGCGCCGGCCGGCCGCCGCCCGCGCCCCAGGGACAAAGAGGACGAGCUGCCUGAAGCAGCUGGGCGGCCCUCGAAAACGGGCCCCCUCGCUCGAGGACGCCGACGACAUGGAACCUCGACCGGCAAGGCCCGAACGAACCCCGAGGCCCGACAAGACCCCCGUUGCGGGAAAAUGCCGGUUCAGCAUUGGAGCUGCCGGCACCCGCGGUUUCAACGCGCAAAAUGGCCGGUGCGGGAUGAUGGGCUCCUACAUUUUACGGGGGGCCCCUUUUGA